CGUUCUUGAAGAACCACCGGGAGACGAUCGCGGAGCCGCUGGACGAGGAGACGAAAGGCUCGAGGUGUCUGUACACCCUGGAACUCCUCGUGGCCAUCAGCGAAAUUCCUCAUGAUCAAACUUUUCAAAUUUGUUUGGACUUUUGGUUUUCUUUCGCCGAAACCCUUCUCCAAGAAGUCCAGCAGGAGGCCAAGGCAAACCCCAAACCCUAA